CCCCUCCGCCGCCGCUGCUGCUGCUGUGUUUGUCGGACAGGUUUCCUUCGGAGCUGGAGCUGCUUCCGACCCGCCUCCAUGUUGAACAUCCCCAGCCAGGCGUUCCCAGCGCCGGGCUCCCAGCAGAGGGUCGCCCCGUCCGGACAGUCCGGGAGAAACAAGGUGGCCCUGAAACCUGGACACAGUCUGAUGGACUGGAUCCGGUUCGCUAAGAGCGGGAAGGACCUGACAGGCCUGAGGGGGCGGCUGCUGGAGGUCACCCCAGAUGAGCUGCAGAGGCACAACCGGAGGGAGGACUGCUGGACCUGCAUACGAGGGAUGGUUUACAACGUGACGCCCUACAUGGACUACCAUCCGGGUGGAGAAGAGGAGCUGAUGAAGGCAGCAGGGAUAGACGGCACCGACCUCUUUGACCAGGUCCAUCGCUGGGUGAACUAUGAGUCCAUGUUGAAAGAGUGCCUGGUUGGACGAAUGGCUACUAAACCUGCAGCCGCUGCUAAAGCGGCCGGGUCUCUAAUAAUGGCGGUCUCGCUGUCGGCGGAGCUGCUGGUCCUUCCAGGUGCUGAGGUGGUGAGGCCGUACACCCCAGUGGACCAGAGUCUGGUUGCUGCUUCGCCGCCGUCCUCCCAGGGGUCCGACCUCUACCUCAUGGUCAAAGUCUACCCUGAUGGCGUCCUCAGCCCGUACCUGGACAGCCUACAGAUCGGUGAAAAUGUCUCGGUCAGCGGUCCGGAGGGUCCUUUCAGUCUCCGCCCCCUGCGUGAUGUCACUCACCUCUACCUGUUGGCAGCAGGGACAGGAUUCACGCCGAUGGCUCGUCUCAUCAGCCUGGCGCUGCGAGAAAGUGACUCCAUCAGCAAAAUACAGCUGCUGUUCUUCAACAAGAGGGAGGAGGAUGUGCUGUGGCGCCACCAGCUGGACGAUCUGGCAGCUAAAGAGGAACGCUUUCAGGUGGAGCACGUCCUCUCAGAGCCGUCUGACAGCUGGAGCGGCAGGAGGGGUCGGGUGGAUGAGGCCGCGCUGACGACCUUCCUCCUCAGGCCGCAUGGAUCCAGAUGUUACGCUUGUGUCUGUGGUCCUUCUGGCUUCACAGAGCAAACCACCGGGCUGUUGAAGCGGCUGGGCUUCAGCGAGGAGGAAUACCACGCCUUCCAGGGCUGACAAGCUCCGCCCCCCAGAGAGAAAAACAGAAGUCUUUUAUUUAUACCGACGGUUGUUGGAGGAUAAAGAGGCUGCAGGUCCGACCGCUGAGCUCCUACAGGCAGCGGGAACAUGGCCGCCUGCCGCUGAUGGAAACAGCAGCAGGACUUUCUGCUAAAAAAGACUUUUCUAUAUAAAGAAAGAUGGCUUCCUCACAGCUGAUGUUUCUCCAGAUGUUGGUGCGAUUGUUGUUCGUCCUCUGGUGCUUCUGUCUAAUCAGGACUCUUUAAACUGUCUCAGGUCUCCUUAUUUAGUCGGGUUUCUAUUAAUAACUCUUUGCCUAAUAAAAGAAAGUGAACAUCUUUGAUCUUUUUCUGC